GGACGCGCACCCGGCGCUCGUGGGGCCGCCAUGUCGGACAUCCUGUGCGAGUGGCUCAACCGGGAGGUUACGCUAUCCCGGCCCGUGGAUCCAAACACAUUGCCAAAAGAAUUUUCUACUGGGUACCUCAUUGGAGAACUUCUUCACAAAUAUGAGCUUCAGGAUGACUUUAACCAGUUUUCACAAAGCAGGGUUGCAAACGCUAAACUUAACAAUUUCUCUCGUUUGGAACCAACACUUCAACUCCUUGGUGUGCAGUUUGACCAGAAUGUAGCCCAGAGCAUCAUGACAGAACAGCCUGGGGCUGCAACCAAACUUUUGUAUCAAAUGUAUAUUGCUCUAGAAAAGAAGAAAAAGGCAGGGCUUACUGGAGUAGCCAUGGAAACAAUGAGACCUGCAGCACCUGCAAAGCUCAAGUACAUUGAGAGUACUUUGUAUCGAGAGCGUUUGAAGAACUUAACACCACGGCAGACUGACUUGAGACUGCAGCAGGUUUCAGAACAUUUUGAAAUGAAAUCUAAGAACAUGGAAGCUAAAAUAACUCGUGUACACAUUGUAGAACAACAGAAAGUUCAAAAACUCCAGGAGGAACAAAGAGUGCAAGACCUUGAAAAGCAACGCAUGGGAAGGAGGAGACAAAAUGAAAUAAUGGCCAGAAUUCAAGCAGCUAUUAUACAGAUUCCAAAGCCACCACCAAACCGUACCCUGAAAGCUAUUGAAGCCCGAAAAAUAUUAAAAAAGAAAAAAGAAGCAGAGGAUAUGCACAAAGAGAUAAAGAAGUUUGAGAAGUUUAUGAGGAAAGGGAGUCCUGCACCUAGCAGCAGCCAAGUCUCAGGCAGUAAUAUACAAGAGUCAUUGAAGACACAGGACUUAGACUCAGCAGCCCAGGAUCUCUCAGAACAGAUAACUGCUGAACUAUUAAAUACCUAUUCAGAGGAUGAAUAUAUCAGAAAAAUUCAAAAACGUCUAGAGGAAGACACUUUUGCCCGAGAGCAACGAGAAAAAAGACGACGAAAGAUGUUAAUGGAACAGCUAAUAGCCCAUGAAGCACAAGAGGAGGCUUACCGGGAGGAGCAGCUUAUUAAUAGAUUAAUGAGACAGUCCCAGCAAGAGCGGAGGAUUGCUGUACAACUCAUGCAUGUUCGUCAUGAAAAAGAAGUAUUAUGGCAGAACAGAAUUUUCAGAGAGAAACAAUAUGAGGAAAGGCGACUGAAAGAGUUCCAAGAAGCUCUUGACAGAGAGGCGGCUCUUGCAAAACAAGAAAAAAUUGAUUAUGAGGAACAGAUUCUCAAAGAAAAAGAACUUCACAGGAAAAUUGCUGCUGAAAUAGUUGAGGCUCGUUAUAAAAAACAUUAUUCAAUGUGCCGGGAAGUGAUCAACCAAGUUAUUGAUUUAUCAACCAAAACUGGAGAAUAUCGUUUGUUGACAAACAACCAAAUUCCAAUUAAACUGAUGAGGGAUUGGAAAGAAUUUUUUUUUAAUGGAAAACCACUGUAUGCGCGAGCUUUGAUUGAACCUCUGCCAUCUGAACCAACCGCAGAGCAACUUGUAGAGCUGGAUAAAAUGAAGUUGCUAGAUGAGAAGGAUUAUGAUGAAUAUAAGAGUAUGACAGGGGAGUGGCACCCACCCAAAGAGAAUAGUGGAAACAAACCUCCACCUAAUAAUAACAUAUUGGGUUAUGUGGUUCGUAGAUUGAUGGCCAUUAUCUACCCUCCAAAAGCGGAACCCCCACCACCUGUAUUUCCUUCAUUUCGUAUCAAGGGAUGUAUUUUGGGAAAACUUUUUAGUGGAAAAACGACCUGUGCAAAGUUCUUGAAAGAAGGUUGCAACAUUCAGAUAUUGUCUAUUGAUACUCUGGUUGAGGAAGCCAUCAAAACUUUCCAUGAAAAUGAAAUUAAAAUUGAAACCAACUUGAUUCCACAGGAAGCAGAAGUUUCUGUAAAACAAAAUGAACUAUCCGUAUAUGCCCAACUUGGUGCAGCAUCAGAGAAAUUUUUGAAGAAAGGAAAAAAUAUUCCUGAUGAACUGCUAGUUAACAUCAUGGUGGAAGCUGUUAAGCAAACACCGCAGAAGAGAGGAUGGAUCAUGGAUGGGUUUCCAAUGACAAUAAAUCAGGCAAAAUUACUUGAAAAAGCACUUACAGGCAGUGAUCUAGAUGAAGCACAAGUAAAGGAUGAACGUUCUAGAAAGCCCUUACUAGUUACAGACCCAACAGCUCCCAAAGGUCCACCUUUACCUCUACCUGCAUUUGAUUUUGCUUUGUUACUAGAUGUUUCAGAUAUCACAGUGCUAAAGCGCAUGGCUGACUCAAAGAAGUCAACUCAAGACCAGCAGGAAGAUAGUGAUCAAGCUUCUGAUGCUGAACUCAAAGAAAGAGAGAAGAUUGAUUUAAUCAGGGACCAGAUGCAAUAUAGAAUUGUAGGCUUUCGGGAGAGCUGGCCCAAACUGGAGAAGUGGUUUUCAGUGCAGCAAAAUAUUCUAGUGAAAGUAAAUGCAGAGAUAGAAGAGAAUCUUUUGUGCAAAAGUGUAAAGGAAAUCAUACUGGAAGAAAUUUUCAAAAAACAAAAUAAAAGAGAACAACUGGAAAAAAGAGAAUCUGAGAAAAAGCAAGGAACUCGCACACCUUUGCAACCAACUGAGACAUUAACAGAUAAAAACAAGGAAACUGAACGUAUUUCUCAAGAUAAGGAGCCUGCACUCACAAAAUCCAAAGUACCCAAAGAGUUACCCAAAAAGUCAGACUCCUUUAAAGACAAAAAAAGAAAGAAAGACGAAGCAGCCAAGGGAAAAGAUGCAGCAAAUAAACCAGGCUCUGCUCGAGGAAAAUCACCAGUUCCACCUGAAGAUCUACCCCCUUCAGCUGCAGUUGGACUGCCACCAACUAAACCAGGCUCAGAUAAAUGGGUUUAUAUAGAUGAACCACUACCAAAGGAAAUACCAGAAUUUUUAGUGCCUUAUUGGGAGAUGGUAGAAAACAACUAUGUAAAUACCAUCAAAACUAUACUUAGACAUCUGAGAGAUGAACGGCAUUCUCUUAUUUAUUACUUAGCAGAUAUUAGAAACAAUUUCCUGAAUUAUCUGAAACGUCCAGAUCAUAAGCAAGCGUUUGUAUCUCAGUGGCAAGCUGAUUUUAACUCUACUGCUGAUGACCUGUGGGAGGAUGAGGAAAUAAAAGCAGAAUUACACCAAAGAGUCACUGACCUAAGAGACCGUCUCUGGGACAUUUGUGAUAACAGACGGGAAGAAGCUGAGCAAGAACGUGCUGAUUUCAUGAAUGAUGGGUGGUUACCAGAUCAUAUGGGAACAGUGAUGAACCAUUUCUUAUCACUUAUGCAGGUAUGA